UCUAAGCUGUCUUGUUCAUUCUCUUUCUCUCUGCAUUUAUAUUUAUUCAUAUUCAUGUCACUGUUUCAACAAAGUUUUUCACAACCUUCCCCAAAUUCCAAAUUUUCAACAAGCUUCCAAAAUUCUUCAACAACAAACCCAGAAAACCAAACCCAUUGAUUCCAUUCUUCUGUCAAAAAGGGUUAAAAUUUCUCAAACCUUUCAACCUAUAUAGUAAAACCAAAAAAAAAAAAAGAAGAAAAAAAAAUGAAGAGGGUAAAGUUUGAAUUUUUCACACUACCCAAUAGAUUAACACUGAUUCAAAUUUUCAUGGUGAUGAUGCUUCUCUACAUUCUCUUCAUGAGUUUUGAAAUACCCUUAGCUUUUAAAGCAGGGUUUGGUUCAGAAACUGUUGCUUUUGGUUUUCUCACCGAUACAAUGCCACUUUUGGUAGAACAAAACCAAGAAAUUCGACCCUUUGUUUCACCAUUGAAGAAAGUUUCAACCUUGAGCUUCAACAAAAGCUUUGACGGUGUCUCACAACUUCAUAAAGUAGCAAAACACGCUUACAUUUCAGGUAAGAAGUUAUGGGAAGAAGUUGAGAGUGGUAAAGUUAAGAGCUUUUCGAGUUUUAAUGUCGAAAACGGUUCGGAUUCUUGUCGAAAUUCGGUUUCCAUUUCUGGGGUUGAGUUUAGGGAGAAGAUGAAAGGUGUGAUGGUGUUGCCUUGUGGUUUGACACUUUGGUCUCACGUGACUGUUGUUGGGACACCACGUUGGGCACAUGCUGAAAGUGAUUCUAAAAUUGCUGCUGUGAAAGAUGGUGAUGAGGCUGUUAUGGUUUCACAGUUUAUGAUGGAGUUGCAGGGUUUGAAAGCUGUUGAUAAUGAAGAACCACCUAGGAUUUUGCAUUUUAAUCCUAGGAUUAAAGGUGAUUGGAGUGGUAAACCUGUUAUUGAACAGAAUACUUGUUAUAGGAUGCAAUGGGGUACUGCUCUUAGGUGUGAGGGUUGGAAGUCUCGUGCUGAUGGGGAAACUGUUGAUGGACAGGUACAAUGUGAGAAAUGGAUUCGCGAUGACGACAAUCGAUCAGAAGAGUGGAAGGCAACAUGGUGGUUGAACAGACUGAUGGGACGAAAAAAAGUCGUGCCUUUGGACUGGCCAUAUCCUUUUGCUGAGGGGAAAUUAUUUGUUCUCACCAUAAGCGCUGGUUUGGAAGGUUACCAUAUUACUGUGGACGGGAGACACGUGACAUCCUUUCCGUAUCGUACAGGCUUUGCUCUUGAGGAUGCUACUGGACUAUCCAUAAACGGAGACGUCGACGUGCAAUCUAUAUUUGCCGCUUCCUUACCUACAUCACAUCCUAGCUUUGCUCCGCAGAUGCAUCUCGAAUUGCUUCCUCAGUGGAAGGCUCCACCUAUUCUUGGUGUGAAUGUGGAGCUUUUCAUCGGUGUCCUUUCGGCUGGCAACCAUUUUGCCGAACGGAUGGCAGUAAGGAAGUCCUGGAUGCAACAUAAGCUUAUCACAUCCUCACAUGUUGUCGCUCGGUUUUUCGUAGCCUUGCAUGGAAGGAAGGAUAUAAAUGCAGACAUAAAGAAAGAAGCCGAGUAUUUCGGUGAUAUUAUUAUAGUCCCGUACAUGGAUCAUUAUGACCUUGUUGUUUUGAAGACCAUAGCUAUAUGUGAAUAUGGGAUUCGCACAGUUGCUGCUAAGUAUAUCAUGAAGUGUGAUGAUGACACGUUUGUGAGAGUGGAUUCUAUCAUUAGCGAAGCGAGACAAGUUCAAAGUGGUAAAAGCCUUUAUAUGGGAAAUAUGAAUUACCACCACAAGCCUCUUCGUGAUGGAAAAUGGGCUGUAACUUAUGAGGAAUGGGAAGAGGAAGAUUAUCCUACCUAUGCUAAUGGUCCGGGUUACAUCGUCUCAUCUGACAUUGCUCGGUUCAUUGUAUCCGAAUUUGAACAGCAAAGAUUGAAAUUAUUUAAAAUGGAAGAUGUGAGCAUGGGAAUGUGGGUAGAGCAAUUCAACAGCUCAAGGAGAGCAGUAGAGUAUGUACACAGCUUGAAGUUCUGCCAAUUCGGGUGCAUAGAAGAUUACUACACCGCACAUUACCAAUCGCCGAGACAAAUGACUUGCAUGUGGGAUAAAUUGCAAGACCAAGGUAAACCACUUUGUUGCAACAUGAGAUGACAAUGUUAGAAGCACAACUAGGAAAUUUACAUUCUCAUGUUGAUAUGUUUAUGUAAAUACACCUUCUUCCGAGGUGGUUUUGGCUCAACCUAUUGGUUCGUAGUUUUUCCAUUCAUUUUUCGAUCCAUCCUCUCGCCUAAAAAGUAGAAUAUAUAGCCUAGGCAUAUUAUAUAUAUAUUUAUAGAUAUAGAGAGAGAGAAAGUGAAGGAACAAACCAAUGGUUUGUAAAUUUGUAGUGUAGAUUGUAGAGUAAACUAGGGGAGAAGUAAAAUAAAGUUAUUUUUCUGCUUUGACUUCAUUUUCAAAUGUUCUUUCAAUUUAGCAGUUUCUACAUUUCAAAAUAAAAGUGUCACCUUGAGGUUACUAUAGUGUAGUAUUUAAUUUGUAUUGUAAAUAGUUUCACAUGAAUGUUCAAUUAAAUUUCACCAUUUAGAUAUUUA